AUGGCUGCUCCUGCUGCUAAUUGCCUACUGGACAUGAAGAACGCAACUCCGCCGCCGGGCACGCGAUGCGAAGGGGACUCGGAGUGCGACAGGUACAAGUGCACCGAGGGCUUGCAGCCGGGCUGCUUGGUCAAGGCCAUGGGCGGCUCCAGGGCCGGAACAUGUCAGUGCGUGCCCAAGGAGGCGGCGGCGUCGUCGUCGGCGACGCCGGCGCCACCAAAGAAGACGGCAAGUCCACCGCCGGCGAGGCGAUACUGUGACUCGCGGUCCGAUUGCGCCAUCUGGACCUGUCGCGAUGGGUCGAAGCCCCUGUGCGAUACGCGGGCCUCUGGAGACCCGUUUACGAAGUACUGCCGCUGUGGGUGA